CAUUGGUGUGUGCGUGUGGAGAUCUGAAACUUGUGCAUGCAGUAUAUCAGGUGUAUGAUUUCACAUGCUGAAUGGGCAUGCACAUUGCUGACAUGUCCAAACCACUCUUUUUGUGUUUGAGAAUUUUCCUGAGCCAAGCAAAGCCUUUCGAGAGCAACUGUCAGUCGCCAUGUCUGCCACAGCGCCAGACCCACCUGCCUCCUUUGACAAACCGGCUGAAUAUGUGGCAAUGAGGUGUCAAUUCUGUGGUGAGUGGUCGACCAGCCCAUGUCCUUGGGAACCAAAAGAUCGUAAGGCAGACAGAUGGUGGCCCCUACUAGCGUGGAAUGGUGGUUGUCGUGAAAGCCCCCGAGGAUGCACCUGCCUGCCUUGUGCAAUCGUUAUUGUUGCUGGCGGGUGGGAGAUUGAAGUUGGGGGCGGAAUUAAGAAGUGUUCCGUGUUCUUCUCUGCCCAUCCCACCCGACUGCAUGCGUUCUUGCGCCAACGGACCGUGCUGAUUGAAUUGAAGAUUCAGAAUCCGAACAUGAGGAUUAGAUCCUCCGAGCAAUUAGGCCCACGUGAGAUUCUGGAGGCUAUCACAGAGCAUACCGAAGGUCUGACAGCAGCAUUGCAAUUCUUUGUGGAGGUGAACACAUACCACCAAAUGACUGGUCAAGCACCAGCAGAGAGUGAAAUGACGGAGAAGAUGUUCCACGGAAAUACUGUCAUUGGUGUGACGGUGGCAGGACGGCAAUGGAAGAUGGCUUGGGAGGAUGGCCAAAGUGGUGUCUACCGUGUUGAAGGCACGACCACCACGGGUGUGAAGAGGACCCAUCGGCUUAUGGACUCUGACAAAGAUGGCCCAGCGCUGACUGAUGGUCUAGCUGACAAAACCGAGAAGCAUAUGGUGGGUUUGCUAUUCUCUGGCCGGAGCAAAGCCCCGCUCAAUGAUCCAAACAUGGAUCGUGCAACUGCCCUCCUUGGUAUUGGCAACUGUUUGGAUGGACUCUUGGACGAUGGCUUCAAUUCCGGCCCAGCAGCUUCCACUACGCCUGCACCAGCUGCCCCAACACCAUCCAUUGCAGAGACCGCUGCGAAUACCACUUCAGCAGCCAUGGAUGAAGACUCUGCUUUUACAUCAAGGUUUGAGUCUGUCAUCCGUUCAACAGCAACAGGUCCAAACAGAAAGUCCUCAGCGUCAGCCAAAGCUGCAGCAGCCAAGAGUGCAGCGCCAUCCAAGGCAUCAGCUACUGCUGCAGCUGCUGCUGCAGCCAAGGCUGCUGCCAAGGCUGCCGCAGCCUCAUCACCAGCUGGAAAGAGAAAAGCGACAAAGCCCAAGGGCAAGGACAAGGACGGCAAGGAUGGCAAGGAUGCUGACGUGGUCAAUUUGGAUCCGUUGAAAGCCAGGUCUAGAAACACCACUGCCAUGCUUGAGCAAGAUGAGACAUGGCUUGAUGAGAUCGAUGAUGAAAUUGCAACAUUGCUUGACUUUCAGGCAGCUCGCUCUGGGGAAGCUGAAUUCAAGGCAGAUGCUGCUGAGAGAAUGAAAGAGGCCAAUGUCACCUUGGGCAAAGUGAGGUCCAGAAAGCGUCUCUACAAAAGAAGGUCUGAAGAGAAUAGGCGAGAUGCAAUUGAGAAAGCCGAUGAGAAGGAAUUGCUGAUCCUACACUUCAUCAACCUUCUGAAAGACCUUGUCAAGCAGGCCUCCGUUCCUGCGGAUGAUUACAUGGCCAAAGUCGAUUCAUUGACUUCGAACGGUGCCAAGCUUGGUGAGGAGACUUUGAAACGGGUUGCUCGGAUGCUAUGGGCAGAUGACUUGAAGUACCUCCGCUUCAGCGGGAUGCUCACAACAACCUUCAGCUAUGUGCAGACCAUGAUUCCGGAAUCGAAAACGUUUGAUUCAUUCAAGUUCCUUCGCCAGCAGCUGGUAGUCAAUCUGCAGAGGCUUCUCAAAGGAAUCGCGCCAGACAAGGUGUCCAUUGACCCUUCCGUAGAUGAGAUGGCACCAUUGAGAGACUUCCUGGACUGUAUGGCAGCUAAUAUGAUAUGCUCUGACAAGGAGGGUGAGAAUAUGAAGAACGACUUUGCCAUCCUCAAGAAUGUAGCCAAUGGAAAGUCUUCACCACCAACAGAGGUGCAUGAAGCGAUUGAAACCAUCAAGGCAGAGAACCGGCCUCUUCUUGCAUCGUUCAAAGGGUUUCCACAGGGCAAGAAACUGAUGAGCCUAUGUGAAGAAGCCAUAGAGGGCAGACUUCACUUGCAAUCCGUGUGUCAUGACCUUGCCCAGGUCAAAACAGAUUGCGAGCAGUUCACUACCGCUCUUUCAGGAAACACAGUUGAUUCAGCUGUCAAGAACUUCACAAAAGUGCACUCCAACUUCAAGGCUGCAAAGGUAAAGGCUACCCAAGGACUUCAGAAGCCAGACUCCGCAAUGCAAAGUGCACUUUCAUCAGCUGAGAGUGCACUCAUGUCCUUUGGAAAGGACAUUUCCACGCACUAUUGUCUUACUGAGCUUGGGCCUUGGUUGCUUACACAGAGCAAGACAUUGAAGUCUUCCAGGAUCAUGUCGAAGCCUCCAGCAUCUUCUUGUAUGAACCUGAAGCCACUCAUGGAGAAAUUGCUCGGGGAGGGUGCAGUCGCCACUUUCGUCGACAUAGAAAUGUUCCAUGUGUCUUGCAGUGCCAUUGCUGAGGAGACAGACAUCCUGUUGAGACAAGCUGGGGAAUCAUCAGCUUCCAGGACACGAGAAGCAGUGGUACGCCUUUGCCAGUCAUACAAGCAGUGGCAGGAGCGAGCAAAUGCAAUGGUUUGCACCUUUCCAAGUGUUAAUGAUGCUACCAAUGAGACAUCUGCCAGAUUGAAUGAGCUUGUUUCCCACUGGUGCAGCAAUAUUUGGAAUGACGCCAUGGGGUUUCCUCGAAAUGUCCUUGGACACAUGGUAACUAUGCAGGCAAAUGAGAUUGUCACUGACGGAACAAGGAGCCUGCUUAAGCAAGCCUUGCAAGCAGUGUCUGAGACAAAGCUUCUGGUGACUGGCCUUUCAGGUGAUGAUCGUGAGUCUCUAGCGGAGACGGCGACCUUUCUGGAACACCUCUUCCAGUAUACCGAGAGGUCCUUUGAAGAUCAAUCCCCCGCGAGUGCCCGGCACAUUUUCGAGCUCUUCCAAGAUCUACAGUUGAUCAGCAAGGACGACUGCAUCCGGACUAAUGUCGGUGACUUUCCGGAAGACCAAUUGCAGAUAGUGGCUACUCGCAUCUAUCGCAUCCUGUGGCCAGAGGGCACUUCUGACACUGGCUCAAGUUCCUUGACAUUUUUUGGCAAAUCCAGCGAUGGCAAUGUUGAUGAGGGUGAGUCAGGUGGUACCACAGAACGCCGUUUGCCUUCCCAGCGACAGUUCUUCACGUUCAUGGAGGAGCUGCGAUCGAACCUGAACAGCCAGUUUGAUGGUGCCGUGUCUGAUUCCGGUCGCAUUUGGAAGGAGCUUCAUGUGGCAGCAUCAGCGCUUGAGCCCUUUCCAACAUAUGAGGACGGGACAGAACGGGACUUUGUUGACGCGAUGGGAGCAAACAAUAGACACAGCAACCUUGGCAUCAUCAUCAAGAAGAUGGAGCAGCAUCUCAAGACAGUGAAGACUGCCGCACAGGAGUUCAGGAUUCCUGUCACGAAGUUGCUGCCUGAAGUGGACUUUGCUGAAAAGGAAGUGCGCCGGUUCCUCUCAGUGGCGAUCACAACUACCUGUCUAAGGAUCUUGGUAUCGAAAGCCGCUGAAAACAAGAACCAGUACUUGCUUGAGAGUGUGAACAAAACGAUUGGCUUUGUUGCAGAUCUGGAUGUACCAGAAUGCAUUGUGAAGAAAAUGAAAGACCUAUCAAGAAAGAUCCAAGCUGCCUCAAAGACUAAGGGGAACACGGCUGAGGAUCGUGAAAGGUCCAGGUCUAGGGGAACAAAAUGAAGGAAUCGGUGCCUACAAAGAUGGCGCCAUGCGAAUUUCCGGGCCAAGUAGGGGCACACAGUUAACACAGUUACAUUGAGAUGAGAUGAGUAAUGAGUAAUGAGUUACUUUUGCUGUUAAGCAUUGACAGUAUUGACCGGGUUCUAGUGUGCCAGUGGCAUUGGCCCUCUUUCUUCAAGCCGCAAACACUGAGGUUUUUGUUUGCGUGCUUUGUCUAGCUGUGGGCUCUGUGGUUUUUUUUGCCCGCUCCGCUACCACUUCUUGCACACAGAAUCGGAAACGAUUCUGAGGGACUCUGGAGCCAAAGGGGUCUCUUGAUUUACUGGUCAAACAAAUUGAUCAAAUUAAAUUGUAGUUAGCUGGAUCACUAGAUCACAAGCAAAGACAACAGUUGCUUGGCCUAAUCAAGGUCAGCAAACGGGGUGUCAGCAAAACAGAUCUCGAAUCUUUGUUCAUGAUACAUACCAUACAGUAUACAGUCUUUUGUAUUGUACUUCUUAUACCGAUGGGCAUUGCAACGAGGGAUGCAUUCACAGUGAAACUGCAACAACCGCGUUUACCG